GGCAGAGGAGCAGAGGCCGGAUGUCAGAGGACCAUAGAGAAAUACUGUAAUAAUCCCUGAAUGUGAUGAAUAUAACAAACCAAUAAUCUGCAGGAUAAUCUGAAGCACAGAGGGAGGCCACACUGUUCCACCUACUCUUGGAAUUGGAAUUAAUAUCAGAUUUCUAUUGAAAAGGUGUGCCAAACAAAGAUGCAGUCCUGUUGUUCUUUUCUGUUAUUACUAUGGGUGGCCCAGCUGCUCUCCCCGUCUGCUGCCCUGCCGUUCGAGCAGAAAGGCUUCUGGGAUUUUGCCCUGGACAGUCUGGACAUUGACAUGAAGGCCAUGAUGAGGGAUGAGGAAGAAGGAUCAGCCAUUGAAGAGUUGCCCCCACCCGACUUGCCCACGUGCCCCUUCGGCUGCCAGUGUCGGCUCAAAGUGGUCCAGUGCUCUGAUCUCGGACUGAGUGAGGUACCAAGUAAUAUUCCUCCUGACACAAGGUUCCUGGAUCUUCAGAACAACCAUAUCACCGAGCUAAAAGAGAAUGACUUCAAGGGCCUUACCGAUUUAUACGGAUUAUCUCUGAGGAACAAUUACAUCUCUAAGGUCCACCCCAAGGCAUUCCUCCCCCUACAGAGCAUGCAGAAGCUCUACUUCUCCAAGAAUCUACUGACCUCUAUCCCUAAAAACCUGCCUGCCUCCUUGGUGGAGAUUAGGAUCCACGAGAACCGCAUCAAGAAGGUGCAGUCUGGUGCCUUCUCAGGACUGGGCAACAUGAACUGCAUAGAGAUGGGAUCGAACCCCAUCCAGAACAGUGGUUUCGAGCCUGGUGCUUUCAAGGGUCUCAAACUGAACUUUUUGCGCAUAUCGGACAGCAGACUGACUGGCGUGCCCAAAGAUCUUCCUGAAAGUCUCCAUGAGCUUCAUCUUGACCACAAUGAGAUACAGGCUGUCGAACUCGAGGACCUGAAACGCUAUAAGAACUUGUACAGGUUGGGUCUUGGAUUUAAUCAUAUCCUUAACAUCGAGGGUGGAAGUCUUGCCUUUGUACCAAGGCUAAGAGAGCUGCACCUGGACAAUAAUCGUCUCUCAUCUGUUCCCAAAGGUCUCCCAGAUAUGAAAUACUUACAGGUGGUGUACCUCCAUAAUAACAACAUUGCCAAGGUGGAUUUGAAUGCCUUCUGUCCUAAGGGAGCAGGAAUGAAGAGAGCUUUCUACCAUGGCAUCAGUCUCUUUGCCAACCCUGUCAACUACUGGGAGGUUCAGCCAGCAACAUUCCGCUGCGUCAGUAACCGACUGGCCGUCCAGUUCGGAAACUACAAAAAGUAGAGGAGAGUAUUUGCUCGGAGAUGCAGAGUAUGAGGGGCAAAGGAUGAAGAAGUGAAGGAGACAAUUUUAAAUUAAUAAAACUCUUAAUAUUCCAGAUGAUGGAAAUGUUUUUUUAACAAUAUUUCUUUGAGGGGAAAAAUUGAAUCGAAUAGAUGCCAACAAAAAACUUGCGGUACAGUUUAAAUGUGCUAUUUUGUAAAAAAUAAAUAAAUAAAUAAAAUAAAAUAAAAUAAAAUAAAAUCUGAGAGGAAUAUUUGGCCCCAACAAAUAGAUUUUAAAAAAUCCCUCUUGCAUAAUGUCGCUAUUUUUAUGAUUAUUGAAUUCUAUUUUUCUUGUCUUGAGGUUACAUCUGGGAAAAACUGCAACAGAAAAGCUACAUUACAGAAUUUUUACAUCUAGGAAAACUUCAACAUCUAAAAAGAAUUUGAGCGUUGUAUUUCAGGAGAGUUGCGAUAGUCUUAUCUUAAAAUUCUGUAAUUUUUGGUGUUUUGGGUUCAACCUUGGAACUAUUUUUCACCAUUUUGAAAUAAAACACGAGAUAUAUAUGUACUAUUAGAAAAAUAGUAACUACUUCCACUUUAGGUGAUUCAUUCAAUUUUUCAUGGUUUGGGGAUCACUUCACGGUUUAGCCUCUUCCCAGCAGUAAACAUGUUUUAUAUAUGAUCUGAAUGAACUUUCAUCCUUUUUGUUUCAAGACUCUCUCUUGUGCCUUUCAUUCAUAUUUCGCUGUCCGUAUAGAUAGUCCUUGAGAGGGCACUGAAGUAGGGAGCAUGCCCCAUUUAGGGCAACACACUCACCAGCUUUGCUUACGGAACAUAAAAGUAUUGUGUACACAUAGCGCUGCAUACUAAAGUAGUGUCGAUGCAUUGUUUUGCACAGUUUUUGCUCACUCUCUCUCUGCCUGGUAAUGCAAAACCUGUCUCCACUCUGUAAUCUGACAAGCUAUGGCUGCAUGUGAAUAAAGACAUUUCUAAAUGUUGCAUAAAGCCAGAGAGCAAGCUCUGGGUCUAAUAUCAUAUUGAACAAAUAUUCAACAAGGGAAUGCGGGGAUUUUAUUAAAUGAGUCGAACACAUUCUAUCAUUAUUAUAAUAUAACUAUUAUGAGUUCAAUUGUUCGAUUGCUAGAUUUCAUUGGGUCGCUAUUGGAGUUCUGACAUACUUGAACACAGAAUGUGUCAUCAUUUUAAAUCCUUAUAUCAUGUUAAAUGGUGCUAUUUGUACAUGUUUCUCUCAGUGUAAACCUUCACAGAAUAUUACCAACAACACAAAAUAUAAAUAAAUUAUGUCAAAGAUGUCUAUGUGCCAUUUUGCAGGAACAUGUUUA